AUGGCCUCCAAUAUACUCCUUGCACUGCUGGUCAGCGCAAGACUCUCCAGUUCCUACGCCCAAGAAGCCUCUUCUGCAUCCUAUCAACUCGUGAAGAACUACACUGGUGAAGGCUUCUUCGACAACUUCGAAUUCUUCUCUGGGCACGACCCUACCAACGGGUUUGUCCAAUACGUGGAUCUGGAUACGGCCAACCAGACCGGACUCGCCGGGUUUGCGUCUAGCAGCGCCUUCAACAAUGCCGUCUACCUCGGCGUCGACUGGUGGUCACUGAAUGUCACACCCGCCGGUCGCCCCUCUACACGCGUCGAGAGUGUAGACACCUUCAAUCACUCCCUAUGGAUCGCCGACAUCAAACAUAUGCCAGGAGGUAUCUGUGGGAGCUGGCCUGCGUUCUGGCUGCUUGGAUCAGGUGCACCUUGGCCACAGGCUGGAGAAAUCGACAUCAUGGAGGGGAUCAACACACAGAGCGUCAAUAAGAUGGUCCUACACGCCGACACCGGUGUUAGUGUCUUCAAUGUCACAGGCCAGCAACACUCCAACAACACUCAAAUGCGAGGCACCAUGACCAGUCUCGACUGUAGCUUGGACACGGCCGGAAAUUCUGGCUGCGUUGCCGAAGGCUCAUGGAAGGAUUUUGGCACCGACUACAACGCAGCCGGAGGCAGUGUCAUUGCGACCGAGUUCAACAGUGAUGGGAUCAAGAUCUGGAACUUCCAGCGCGACAGUGUCCCUGAAGAUAUCGCAUCAGGAAUGCCCAGUCCGCAGAAUUUCUCAGGCAGCUGGGGUCCACCAGAUGCCAUGUUUGUGAACAGUGGCAACAAGACGACGUUCGACGACCAUUUCUUCAAUCUCAAGAUCAUAUUCAAUACUGCCCUGUGCGGCGACUGGAUCGAGAGGACCUGGAAUAGUUCUGAGUGUGCCUCCUUGGCCCCGACAUGUCGGGAUUAUGUUGCCAACAACCCGCAAGUUUUCAAGGAUGCCUACUGGGCGAUCGGUGGUGUCCAAGUAUAUCAGCAACCGAACUCGACAUGUAUGGACAUCUCUGCACCUGUUCCGAGCAUUGAAAGCACCACAACUGCUGGUAGCUCAAGGCACGCAAGACAUCGUCGGCAUGCUCAUACUCGGAGAAUCGGCACUCUCUGA